AUGCAGUUGAUUCAGGCUCUUGAUGCCUCGGAUGCCUACUGUGAGCUGCUUCUAAGAGCAGGCUGCUCCUCUCGAAAAUGCGACCUCUGCGCUCAGAGGAGGCAGCAAGACAUUUUGGAUGCUGCGGCAGAGAAGAUUCUCAGGUUGAGCCACACGCAACGCAGCAGGCAACCAUUGGCUGUGUUUGUUCUUGGAGCCACUGGCGCCGGAAAGACCAGUUUUAUAAACUACACACUUGAAGAAGAGCUGCCGGCAAAUCACAUGGGCUUCGUCCGAUCGGCAAUCCAUGUCAAUGCAGAUGACCUGCGUUCUGAACUGGUCGGUGGCUACGCAAUCUAUUCUGCACUGGUGAACCAGAAGGCGGACUUUCCGCCGGGCCUAGUAUUCGACGCAAGCUUUCUUCGUGCAGAGAUCCAGAAGAAGGUCCUAGAGUCGGCAGUGGAUUUCCUGGGCGACAGCCUGACCGUGCCAGCCUUCGUAACACAGGAGUUCCUGGACAAGAACUUCGAUGUGAGGAUUUUCCACAUCGAGAUCCAGGGGAGCUCA